AUGGGGGGCAAGCAGAGCACGGCGGCCCGCUCUCGGGGCCCCUUCCCGGGGGUCUCCACCGAUGACAGCGCCGUGCCGCCGCCGGGAGGGGCGCCCCACUUUGGGCACUACCGGACGGGCGGCGGGGCGAUGGGGCUGCGCAGCCGCUCGGUCAGCUCGGUGGCGGGCAUGGGCAUGGACCCCAGCACGGCCGGAGGGGUGCCCUUUGGCCUCUACACCCCCGCCUCCCGCGGGACCGGCGACUCAGAGAGGGCGCCGGGUGGCGGAGGGUCCACGUCGGACUCCACCUAUGCUCACGGCAAUGGUUACCAGGAGACCGGCGGUCACCAUAGAGACGGGAUGCUGUACCUGGGCUCCCGAGCCUCGCUGGCGGAUGCUCUACCUCUGCACAUCGCACCCAGGUGGUUCAGCUCGCAUAGUGGUUUCAAGUGCCCCAUUUGCUCCAAGUCUGUGGCGUCCGAUGAGAUGGAAAUGCACUUUAUAAUGUGUCUGAGCAAACCUCGCCUGUCCUACAAUGAUGAUGUGCUGACUAAAGAUGCGGGUGAGUGCGUGAUCUGCCUGGAGGAGCUGCUUCAGGGGGACACGAUAGCCAGGCUGCCAUGCCUGUGCAUCUAUCACAAAAGCUGCAUAGACUCAUGGUUUGAAGUGAACAGAUCUUGUCCAGAACACCCUGCUGACUGACCCUGCUGGGCUUGCUUGCUGACUCCUCUCAAAGGUGAGCCCAUACUAGGCAGGGGGCUCUGGGUUUAGGGUCAAGUUCUGGGAGCUGGGAGAGAGGAGCUGGGUUGCCUGAUACACACCCCACCAAGGAGAAAGCAGAAACGGAAAGACAGAAGCCAUCUCCUCAGUGAGCAGUUCCCAGGAAGUGCAGGGAUGUUCCUGGAGGUAGGGAGAGCAGAAGAGAGGGAUAGUAACAUACUCAUGAAGAACUCCAUGCAAAGGUAGAAUCACUCCUUGGCAAAAAGGUCCCUGCAGAGUGCAUGGGCUGAAGCAGAUGAGUCCCAGCCAGGCUCUGCAGCUGUCUCAUCCUCCCUCACCCCUGAGACUCCAUUUCUGGAAGGGAAGACUCACUAAAUAAAUGACCUGUGGAAUGGACACUGUCCACUGCAAAGUGCUUGUCUAAGAUCUUUUCACUGCUGGCCACCUCACCCCACUUCUAGGAGAAUCUGAGGGUUCCAGGCCAUACUCAGCCCAGCUGUCCACAGCACAAUGUCAUAAUAACAGCAGGCCAGCAUGACAACUCCCUCCCACACAUGCAUAUGUGUCUCUGGUGUAACUGUUGGAUCUGACAUCCAUUUCUUCCCAGGGUACCUUGUUUCACUGAUGACACCUCUCCUCAACCCCCAUUCUGUCACCCACCCUGCCUGUGCCUUCUGAGGGCUGUGGUGGCAUUGUCUUUUUUGUUCCCCCCUGGCAGACAGAACUUAAACCCCAGAAAGCCCAUUUUCUACUUCAUCUCACAUCCAAAGGUUUGGGGGGAUCUCUUUUCUUCUCUCUCCUUUGUUCUGUUUUCUUUUGUUAGGUUUAUUUUAUUUAUUCCAAGUAAAUGCCCAGAACAGCUGACGGUGUCAGGCAAAUCAGGGACAUUUGCUCUUUUUACCUUCACCUCAAAAUCUGAUGACAAGGGGAGAAGACAAAGCAAGGGUGAGAGUGAGGCAGAGGGAUUGGAUCCCAGCUCCAGAGUGCAGGUCCACAUUGCCGGCAUGAUGUUUGGCUUCCGGUGGGCCUGCCUGUCCUGAACCAGACGCCCCAGCAGACCAGCCUGCCCUCGGCGGGACACGCUGCUGCCACGGUGAAAUGCAGCCACAGCUCUCAGCCAGACGGAGCACGACUGACUUCUUCCGACCCACACAGGGACAGACACCCCUGUUCCUGGGAGGAGGCUCCUCGGACACUGGACAGAGCUGAGCUUGGGACACCAGAGGGAACGGGGCAUCCCUUCUGCACUGACUUCCAGAAAAUGGUCCUCCCUCCUCCCUGAGGACACGCAACUGGAUGAGAGCGAGUCUGAGAGAAGAAUGAAUUGACCUCUCUCCUUCCCUUCACCCUCAGCCCAGGAGGGAAAGGGCAUUUCUUUUUCACCUUUGAAAGGCGUUGUGGGUCUGUCGUUAAAGUGUUUACAACAACAAAAUUAUAUAAAAAAAAAAAGUCUAGUGUCGACUGGUGUUUUCCCUCGUGAUGUUUACAGAUUACUGUUUGCUGCCCAGCUAAAACCCACUCAGUGACAGAAGCAAGCAUAGCCAUGUCCUCACCGCUAGCGCUGACCGCGGGUGGACGGGCACACGGCUCUCUGCAUCACUAACCUUUCUACCGGGGGAUUUGUUUUUUGUUUUCUGUUUUUCUGUCCCACUUUUCUGGCUUGGUUUUGCACUUUUCUCCUCUUAAAACCCCGAUAUAUUGAUUUUCUUGCCAAAAAAGAGAAAGGAGGAUGAAGAAGAGCCUGUCAAGGACACUUCCCCCUUCCUUCCCUAUGUUUUCCCUGCCUUUCCCUGGAUCAGUCUAAUCAGAGAACUUAACAAUCAUAAAUACAUUGGAAAAAAUGCCUGGACAUUUUUCUUAGGCCCUUGUGAGAUUUUUUUCCAGAGAAAACUUAGAGUUACUAAAGGAACAUGUACUGCUGCCCCUGUUUUCAGGCACACUGAGAACAUUUUAGCCAUUGAUGUUCACAUGUGGCGUUAGCCCAUGCAGGAUAGGUUUCUGUAUUUAUAUUACUAAAAUACAAAACAAAAAAACAAAACCUUACAAAAUGUUUUUAAAAUGUUCAGAGGUUGGGAGAAAAGCUUCAUCAGUCAAGGUGUUUUGAUAUGGUAUUAAAAUAAUGUCUAAUGAAAGA